GUUGAACAAGUGAAAAAAAAGAAAGUUCAAAUAAAAUAACACUCUUUAAAAGUUUUCUGAGUCUCUCCAAAAGUCUUUCAAGUAGUCUCUAAUUGUUCUUCCAAAUUUUCUAUCAUACUUAGAGAGUUUCUUAUCUUAAUUAUAUCGAGUUUCUCGGGUAUUACGGUCUUGGGCUAGUGCUAAACACUAUCGAGUCGGUUUCUUUACAAGAAGCUCAUACGAAUUCUGGUCUUUCUUUACAAAAAAAAAAAUCAUGUGAUCAAACCACUUGCUAAAGAGGUUUCGGCGUAAAUCUGAUCAGAUCCAUUAUCCAUUAUCCUAUAUCUAUAAGUUGACAAAAGAAAAAAUCAUGUUUUUUUUAAACACAACCUCCUCCAAAAAAAUAUCUGGCUGAUAUUUGUUCGAGAUAUUAUUAGCGACCCUGAUGACGUGGCAAUAUGCUGACACGUGUAAAAGCGACGCCAUGUAGACCUUUUGUCUCUCUCUGUUUUUUCUUUUUUCAUCUCCUUGUUCUUCUCAUUCCUUUCUCUCUCUCUUUAAGCAAUAAGCUCGGCUCUUUCGAAGAAGAAGAGAGACUCCGUUCUUUUUUCUUUUACCACCGCAGAUAGGAGCAGCAGCGAUGGAGAAUGAUUACACGGUGAAUAUUGUUUCUCUGGAGAUGGAUCGUGAUGUUGCCGAUUCGUCGGCUGAAUCUCAGAGCGAGUCGACUCUAUCGAACUCGCUCGAGUCCGGUGUUACCGCUGAGACCUCUCGUGCUGAUGCUGAUUCCAAACUGUGUUUCUUUCUGCAGGAUGAGUGUGCUGGUUGGACGAAUGAGAAACACAACUCAUAUCUUGAUUAUUUAGAGAGCUCGUUUGUUAGGCAGUUGUAUUCCUUCCUUGGAGGAGAGACUCAAAUACUUUCUAGAACUCGUGAUGUGCAGUCUAACUCCCACAAAUCGACUGAUCAGUUUACGGUCCUACAAAAUGGCUGCUGGCAGAAGGUUAACUUUGGAAAGAAACAAGCUCAUUUGGAGACUUCAUCUGAAUUUCGUUUUCAGAAAAAAUCAUUGAGAAGUAAGUCUGAAAAUCCCAACGGAAAUUACACCAUGGGAACUGCUGUCCAAGGAGAUGUGUUAUGUCAUGAAGAAACCAAACACUCAGAGGCGUCAGGGCAGAAUUUCAGAGAAGAAGAAGAAGAAGAGAAGGGAGAGGUGAGCAGAAAACGAGACAGAGAAGCAAAUAACGAUGAUAGUUCAUUGAAGGAGGAUCAGGUUGUGCCGGUAAGGAUGGUGAAGCCCAGAAUGUGAAAGCAUUAGGAAGUGUAGAUGAAUUUACCAUGAAUAGAGAUAAAGAAGAAUAGAAGGUGUGGGUUACGAAUGUGGACACGGUUUUGUUUGUUGUAUAGCGUGAGGCUAAAGAGAGCCUUCCUUAUAAAGGAAUCCAAUGGGAUAUGGAAAUAGGAUUGGUUUUUGUUUCUGUUAAAUUUUGUCUAAUGGUAACUAGGGGAAAAAUGUAUCUGAUAGUAUUAGCAUCUAUUGGGCAAUUUUAUUCUUUUUAUUUCAUAUAACAUCUAUCUACUAUACUUCUGUCUUCAUUUUUUGAACAAUGUUUUUUUUUUAUGAAUUUAUAAAUUCCCAUUCUUUUA